AUGACUGAAGAAGAACGGGUACAUGAAACAGCCGAAGAAGUCUCGAAAGGCACGCAACUAACGACCCAAGAUAAAACUUCGAAUGAUCAAGUGGAAGAGCAAAUACAAGUUGAUCGUAAACGACUCGAAUCAAUGAUCACGGGUGAACCUCUAUACGGGUCUGAGAAAUUUCUGCCAUCAGCGGAAGAAUUCUUUCAGAAAGUUACUGAGCUCUCCGGUGCUGUUAUCUCGUGGCCAAGUCGUUUGAAGAUUGGAGCAAAGACAAAAAAAGAUCCUUACGUCAAAAUGUUUGGUACAACUGAGCAAGUCAACUGUGCCCGUCAACUGAUUGCGUCUACACUCAGAAUAAAGCGCGACAAAAUAUCAUUGAGAAUCGAAAUACCGCAUUGUGAUCAUUCGAAAAUAAUAGGACGAAAGGGUAAAAAUACUCAAGAUAUUAUGCGUGAUACGAUGUGCCACAUUCAUUUUCCGGAUUCAAACAGAAUUCAUGAUGUGGAAAAGAACAAUCAGGUAUCAGUAUCUGGAACAGUUCGGCAAGUAGAAAAAGCCAGACAACGAUUGCGAAAAUUAUCACCAUUAUGUAUAGUAUGCGAAUUACCGAAUACAUGCCGUUAUUCUUUCCAAGAAUUGCAAAGAAACAUUGGGCAUCCGGAUAUUUUUGUUAGUUUACGUGAAGAACGAAAUGGCAAGAUGAAAUGUAUUUUGAAAGGAAUUGAACAAAACGAAGUGGAAAUGGUUAAGGCAGUUAUGAUUCUUGCCAAUAUGUAUCAAUUACAGAAUGAUUAUGGUUUACUUUGUCAUACAGUUAUUAAUGCACAUAAUUGUCUUGAAACGUUAUUACGUGAUGAAACUAAAAAAGAGGAAAUGCAAUGGUUAGCUCAGCAAACGUUAACCCAUAUUAUUCAAUCGAAUACUGUUGAAAAUGGUUUUGAAUUAUUUAUUGUGGGUCCAAUUGCUGGUGUUUUGAUUGCACGAAAAUAUAUCAUUGGUUUGUUACCUGUAGCAGUACAGUUUGAUCGAAUAUUGGAAUCCGACUAUGAUUUGAUUGACAAAGCUUUGAUUGAAACAAAAUUCGGCAUUACUAUCAGUGAGAAAUGGCGAAAAAGUCGAGCUCUCGUAGUUCUAAGUAGCAGCGAAAUGAAUAUAUGCAUGCUAUAUCAAGCGCGUGAACGAAUAUUAAAUUUGGUUCAAAAUAGUUUAAACACUGCGCCGGAUAUAUUCGAAUUCUUCAAAAAUGGUCAUAUAUCAGUACUCAUUGAAAAUAUGCGCAUUGAAGCGCAAAACUUAUUAACAGGUACCAACAUAGAAACUUUAUACAUUGCGACACAAAGUUCACUACAGAAGCCGACAUUUGCUAACUUCAAGGGUCAAUGCCGCUUGGCUGAAGCAUUAGUUGAUGUGCCAACAACAGACGUUAAUCGAUAUGCUCAAAUAACUCCGAAUCCAAACGACUCUCCGAUCGCUCACUCCUUACUUGCUGGAAUCAAGCAAAUUGAUAUGUUUAGGAAUGAAAAUCAGCGAUUUCCAACAAGAGAACAACUGCUGCUCAAGGCAAAUCGUGCAGUGUACAGCGGUACUCCAGCAAAAGUGCGACAGCCUACUGAUCUUUGGGCUGGAUACGGUUUUAGCAAUUCAUUGCCAGCAGAUAUUUUGAGAAGCAGUUUGAACUUUUUUGAUAGUACCCCAAAUCAGUAUGAUGGCCGAGCAAAUACACAACAGGAAACAAAUCUAAUGGAAAGUGCGGUUCAUCGUUCGAUAACGCCUUCAGUAGGCCUAGCAUCUGUAUUAGAAGAAGAUGAACAUGGUGACGACGCUCAAGAUAGCUCGAAUUCGAAUUCAUUAAUUGGAUCUUUAUCAUCUCAUAACUUGCACCUCUUUCAAUUGAAUCAAUUACAAGGACCUAUUAGUAGUGUUGGAACCAACUUUUCCGCGUCAACCGGAGUAUUUGAAUCAUCACCGUUGAUAGGAAGCGACUUUGUUUGGGACAUCCGCUUUUUUGUGGAUCCAGCAAUGGUACUUGCACAACUGGGCUGUAGCGAAUAUCUUGCACAAUUUAGAGAUCAAGAAAUCGAUAUGGAAGCUUUCCUAUUAUUGGACGAACAGAAUCUUAAAGAUAUUGGUGUUUCAACAAUGGGUGCUCGAAAAAAGAUUUACAAUGCUAUUCUGAGAUUGCGUGGUUCAGCACGAAUGUAUGGAAUGCAAAUUUAA